AAGGACUUGACUUUUGUCGGACUGGCCCUCUAGUCCACCGGAAGUAUAAUAGAAGAGAAAUGACGGAAAUGACGCAACGGUUACUGUUUAACAUGUCUAGUGUUCGGGUUUCAGAGUGAUUGUUGUUGAAGAAAUCUGCUAACAAGUUAAAAAAAAAACAAAAAAAAACGAUCGUCCGGCAUGAGAAGGAGACCGGCCGUCAGCUCAGACUGCUGGACAUCAGCUGGAAACCGGAGAUAAAGCCACACAUUACAGAUGUCUAUAAGUUGCGGCACUUCAACAUUUAGAUAAUGCUACAGAAGAGGAACGAACAUAAGGGAGUGAUGUUAUUUACGUCGCAGGGAGAAAAAAGAAAGAGAGCUAAUGUCACACAGAGAUGGAGAAAGAUAAGAAAGAGGACAGGAAGAAGAGAGGUUAGAUUCAAAGUCCUCCCACAUCAACAUGAAUUGUGAGGAAGAGGAGGGUCUGGAUGAUCAGCAGGUCUGUAACCAGGAGAGGAACUCCAGUCUGGACCAAAAAGAGCCUCCUCAGAUUAAAGAGGAACAGGAGGAAGUCUGCACCGGUCAGGAGGCCGAAGGCAUCAUCGUCUGGACCGGAAAAGAGCGGCUCAGACUGCUGGAUACCAUUUGGAAACCUGAAAUAAAGUUACACAGAAUAGACCUCCACCAGCAGGAUAUCGGUAAGGAGGAAGAAGUUCUCACAGAUCAGCAGGUCUGUAACCAAGAGAGGAACUCUAAUCUGGAACAGGAGGAUCCAGAACCUCCGCAGAUUAAAGAAGAACAGGAGGAAAUCUGCAUCAGUCAUGAGGAAGAACCGCUUGUAUUGAAGGAGGAGACUGAGACCUUUAUGUUGGCUUCUACUUACAAGGAAUGUAAAUCAGAACCAAACAGUGACCAGUUCCUUUUUCACAACUCUCCUGAUCCAGAGAGCCAAGAACAAGAAGAAAGCGAGCAUGUGGACUUAACAUCAAGUAAAAAGUUAUUAAAAUGUGACACUUGUGGAAAAAAUUUUCAGUAUCAGUCCAAACUUAAUAGACAUCUGAGAGCUCACACAGGUGAGAAGCCAUAUUUUUGUGUCACAUGUGGAAAGAGAUUUAGUCAGAUGAUACACUUAAGAAAGCACAUCAGAAUUCACACAGGUGAGAAGCCUCAUCCUUGUAGCAUCUGUGGGAAUAAGUUUAAUGACAUGUCAGCGUUCAAAUCGCACAUGAGAAUUCAUACCGGUGAAAGACCAUAUUCUUGUAGCACCUGUGGGAAAAGUUUUAGCCAAAUGAUACACUUGAAAAUUCACAUGAGAGUUCACACAGGUGAGAAGCCAUAUCCUUGUGAUAUGUGUGAGAAAAGAUUCACAAAUUUGAUAAACUUGAAAACGCACAUAAGAAUUCACACGGGAGAGAAACCACAUUCUUGUAACAUCUGUGGGAAAACCUUUCGUCAGAAUUCGACGUUGCAAACUCAUCUAAGAAUCCACACCGGUGCGAAACCAUAUUCUUGUAGCGCCUGUGGAAAAAGAUUUAGUCAUAUUAAAAACUUGACAACUCACUCAAGAAUUCACACAGGUGAGAAGCCAUAUACUUGUAGCACCUGUGGGAAAAAUUUCAGUCAGUUGACUCAUUUAAAAAGUCACAUGAGAAUUCAUACUACCUUACAAAAUGUAGCAGAGUAGGAGUGUGUGACUGUUAGAAUGCAUAGUGAGGAAAAUCACAGCUACACCUGAGGGGAAAAAAGAUGACCUUAUAUUCUGGUCUGUAUGGUAUAGUUUUUAAUAAUAUUUAUUCAAAUUGGCUGUGUUUUUGUUCUGAUGUAAUUGAAAGCCCAGUUUUAUAAAAGGGUCUCAAAUAAGCCAGUUAUUAGAACAUUUCCUACUGAACCAUCUUCAGUUUGUAUAAACGUUUCACGGUACAAAUUUUAAACCUGCUAAAGUCCUGUGAAAUUUAAAGUUAUAUUUUUUAAGUUACUUUCAAAAGUUAUAUGGUUUGUAACUAAGUUGUAAAGUGGUUUUUAUAUAUAUAUAAAUGGUUAAAAACACAACAUUUUCUGGGUAUUGGCUAGUUAAAAUAUGAAAUAAAACACCCAGCUGACCUAUAGAGUCCUGUAUUUGAGCACACACUAAUAAAAUAAAUAAAAACAACUAGGGUUAAUCUCUGAGGGUUAUAGUUACCAUUAUAUUGUUUUAUUUUAUGAUAAUGCAACCAUGUAGAAUAUUUUUUUCUUCCUUAUUUACAAAAAAUGAAGAAAAUGCUAUUUUCAAGCAUUUGAGCAAAAAUGAUAAAUGUUUUAACAAAAACAAAAAUAUCAAUAAAGUUUAAUGUGAAUAGAACAAGUUUCUAGAUGGUUGUGUAAUUAUAAAUUGUAAAAUAAUUUCAUUAGAUAUUUGCAUAGUUAAUCAAAUCAUUAAAUAAUCCUUUUCCAAUUUACAUAACAAUGUUAUGUUUCAAAGUGUGGGGAUACUUUCCCUCUUUUCAUAUUUUAACAAGAAUUAUCAGAGUUGUCCAAAAGCAGUAUUUGUUUCCUCUUCUGCCUGUCAGCUUAGACAUUGUCAUAUUAUAAUAUAAUAUGUUACAUAUAAUCUAAUAACUGAAAUAACACAAAUAAAAGGAUGAAAUAAGCCAAUAAAAGAAACAUAAACAAGAGGAGCCUGUAGAUUUUAUUGAAUGUAUCUUGGAAAAGCUACAUAUGUUGGGCACAACAGUGAUUUUUACAUCAUAAUUUGUAUUUUAUAAGCUGCCAGACAGGACAGGAUUUAAUUUUUUUUAAAAGCAUCAAAUUAAAUUUUUAUCAAAACAAAAAAGUUUCUGUUGCACCUUCUCCAAUUUGAAUAAAAAUGUUAUAUUUUAACCUGAAUUAUCAGAGUUGUGUAAGCAGUAGGUCUCAAAAUGGUAGGUAAGUAGAGUAGGGCAAAAAAAAGGCCUGAAAGUGGGUCAUUGGACCAUUUAAAAAAAACAAAAAAACAAAACUAUUCAAUAUAUGAAGCCUAAAUUUCACAGCAAUCAGUAUAAAUGUUUAAAAUUUCUACUGUAAAAUCUUUAUGCAAAUCUGAGAUGGGCUAGCAGAAAGCUUUAUUGAUUUGACACAGACUUACCCAGAAGUCAACAAGUAACAUAAGCCCA